CUACACACCACAUGAUUCUGACUUAACUGCGCGCUACAAUUACUCGACAUACGCGAGUCUCGACAUACGCCUCUACUGUAAAAUACGCACCAUAUUAACGCGCCUGGUUCGCGUCAAUACUUUACUAUCGCAGACAGGGUCAAAGAGCCGUCGCCUUCGAGCUUAACCCGAGCUUAGUCGUGUGCCAACACACCACCACCACCGCUAUCCAAAAACACAAUGCCGUUCAACUCCUCCCCCGAUCCCCUCUCACUAUCUUCGGGCCCCUUCAUCGCCGAACCCUCGCGCCGCUCCCGGUCACGCUCCCCGUCCAAGCCACUCCGCACGCCGCAACCCCGAAGCACAUCCGCCGUACAGGUGCACUCACCCACCAAGAUGACGGCCACCACCAACUCGCACCUCUCCCCGUGGCGAAUCAAGGUGAUGGUCGAAGCCGAGCGCGACGACGGCUCCGGCUCCGACGGCUCCGGCGAUGAGCGCGGCAGAAUGGCACCACCGAGCUUCACGCUGGGCUUUGCCGGCGAGGGCAUGGACGUCGAGGUGGUGCCGAGCCCGCGCCAGAGAAAGAGUCGCGAUCGCUCGGUGGGUGUAAUUACGCGGACGCGCACCACAAAAGUGCCGGUCAAGGGGCUGGAUUCGUCCCCUAGUGAGACGAUGAAACCGAAGGGGAGGCGUGCGACACCUACGGCUCCGCGACGGUUGACUCCCGUGGUGAAAUCGACGGCUGGAACAUCCCCGAGAAAGGCGGCGGUCACACCGAAACCGGCCACUACCCCUAGAUGGAAGAGGGCGUCACUGGUGAAGGCGAAAGCGACAGCUGCGGAGGUGGAUGAGGAGGACGAUGGGGAGAAACAUGAGGCUUCAUCACUAUCAGCGGACACCACCGCCGUGAAAACAUCCGCCUCCAAAUCCCCCGGCAAGCGGCGCAAGUCGAGGACCCCACGAACUUCCCUGGUUCCCACCCUUGCGUCAACACGCUCCCGUAGAUCUUCUCUUGCACCCGUAUCCUACAUCGAGGCCCCGGCAUCCACACCCAGGAGAAGCACCAGGUCAGCCUCGGCGAUGUCGAAUGGCGAGAGGCACGCUCUGUCCGGAAGGGAUCCGAACUCGGUGGCAUCCCCGUCGCCCGCGAAAUCGAAUACCCCUGUGGCGUCGGUGCAAGGCAGUAGGAUUUCUAGACGUGGCGAAAGUGUUGCAUCGGCCGGUUCGAAUCGGCCCAUUGGAGAUAACAUUGCCAACCCGGCUGGGGAGAGUUUUCUCGUCAGUGAGGGGGGUUCAAUGGCCCUACCAGAGGAUCGGUCCGGAUUCCUAGAUGAUGGUACGGACUUGACAGCGCAGUUUGGGACCGUGGAGGAACAGGAUGGGGAUGUGGACAUGUCCGAAGAAGAGGCGCUGGCAGAUUUGUCUACGGCUUCAGUGUGGCAGUCGGGAAAUACACCGGAGGCCGAUCUCGAUAUGACGUAUAUCUCUACCGCAACUUUACAUACAUCCAAAACACUACAGGAGGGCACUGGUUUGCACGACGGCGCAGAUGAGGAGGAGGGGGGUGAAGAGGAAGAGGAAGAUGUGGAUAUGGACGAAGUAUCUUCAUUACGUUCAGACGAGCUACUCCAACCCAUCGAAGCCGAUUUUUCUUAUAUCUCGACUGGAAGAUCAUUUACUCCUCAGGCUGAGCAUCGGUCGUCGAAUAGGGCAGCGAGCCCGCUGUUCGAAGACGAUCCUGUUACCCAGGAGUCAUUCUACGGGCUGCCGGAUUCCUCAACAUCCAGAGACAAGGGCAAGGGCAAGCAAAAGCAGGGGGAUGAGACUACGACGCAGAAGGAGAGUUUCUACCCGUCAUCACCGCCACUCAGAGUCGUUAUACCUUCUCCGCAGAAGGCGCAGAGCAUCGUCACCCCAGCGCAGGGCAAUAAGCGCGAGCACGAAGACGACAUUCCCGAUGCCCCCGCCUCCAAACGUCGUACUAACCGUGAAACACCCAAUCUCACUCUCGUCCGUGAAGCGAGCGAGAUCAUGAGCGACGCACUAGAGGUUGAGGAGUCCAUGCAGAUGAUCGAAGAAGAGUUCGGCAACGACUUCGAUGGUCCGCCGACACCCGAAAGCCAGGAAGAGGAAGAUAAGACCAACGAGAUGCAAGACGAUUCCCGACCCUACCCUACUCUUCCUCAGAGCUAUGUGGAGCCGGGACAGGAGGAGAUUUCAUACCCGACGGUUGACACUACGGUUGACACUACGGGUAUUCCAAGUCCGACGUCGAGUCUUCCACAGGUGUCACCCCCAGCACCGACAGGUUACCUCGCGCGUAUCUUCUCCCCGUUCAAGUGGACUCCCAGCAAACCCGUGAUUCCCGCCCCUGUUCAUGCUCCUUCAUCGGCACAGACCUCCUCUGGGCUCCCCCGCACCCCCGGCGGCCGCUCCGUCCACUUCGAGGACGAAACCAGCAUCGACGCACGGCAGCGGGCGGCCGACCGCACAGCACUAGUCGAAUCCGAAGCGACUGGCAAGAACGCAACGGAAGUCGGCAGCAGCACUUCGCAGUUGGUAGGCGACGCCACCAAAGCGCUGCUGGAGGAGUGGGACCGCCAGCGCUCCGAUGUCCGUCGCCAGGCUGAAGUGGUCGGCGCAAUCACAAUAGACGAUGAGACCGAGUCCGCACUCAAUGAACGCUCGGCGCGCGAGACCUCGCCGCCUCCUGCCACACUGAAGUUUAAGAAGCCCGCGACUGUUGCGUCGUCCAGUCGCACUUCCACUUCUACUGCUACAGCAGCCGGCACCACACCCCGAAUGCUUGAGAAGCAAGCCGCCACUGCCACUGCAUCAUCCAGUCGCCCCUCCCCCCCUCCCCCCCAAGCGCGAGAGGAAACCCUGAUCGACUCGCUCCUCGACGAGAUAACGACGGUUUCCACCGCGCCCUCGGGGCUGGUAUGGUCAAAGGCGGAGUACCGUCACCUGGACCUGGUGCUUUCCUCAUCCUCGACCUCCCCGUCGCAGGCCACAAAGUGCUAUAAAGUCCUGCUCGACCGGCCGGAGCGGAUACUGGCCAAGGAGGUGGUGUCGUCCCUGGCUCUGGACGAGAAGGGAUUCCUCGUCCUGAGCAGGAAGGAGAGUGCCGCUGUUGAUAGGUUUAUGAAGCGCGAGAGGACGAAGGGGAAGGAGUGGUCGCUCGUCGAGGUGGUCAGACGGACGGCUGGGAUCAAGAUUGCCGGGAGGAGGAGGGAGUUGGUUGCGAAGAAGUGAUGGGGGAUGAGGUUGUAUUACUAUCGAUCGGGCGGUGGUUUUUGUUUAGUAUGUACUGUACUGUAGGAUGGAUGGAUGGGGGAAGGGGGGUUCUUUGUUGCGUGCGAUUGGUGUUGUACUUUUAGCUAGCUAUGGGCGAUGCUCACUGCUUUCCUUUGCCCAACUAAUGUCACGAUAACGAUUUCCAAUGAGUUUUAUGUAGGGUUCAAUAAGACUU